AUCGCAUGGAAAAGAGGGUGAAAGACAAACAACGAAAACUUUCCUCAGAAUGCGACACGAUGAUCCAACAGAUAUCCGAGUUUGCCCAUGAACUUUCUGUACAACAACUUGAAUUGACUUUUACAAUUAGUGAUGCCAGAAUUAAUGAAUAUAAACGCAAAUAUGAAGAAUUGGAUGAAGAGAAGCUCACUAUUGUCAAAAAGUUAAGAUCUGAGGAAGCAAAAUACUUGCAAUUACAUGAUUCGAUUAUUUGUGAACUUGAUAAAAUUGAAAUCGCUCAAAUGGAAACAAAUCAGGAAUUUGAACAAAAAUACUUGUCGUUUAUUGACG